ACACUGAAACAGCAAACAAAGUGAACCAUAUGUUCAUUAUAGAUACGUAUAGACAUGAAUAGACUUCAAUUGAGAUAUAUGAGCGUGAGAAGAUUCGCUAUAGGAUCUCGCUUGAAGAAUACUGUAAAAGAAACACAAGAUCAAUUCUUGAAGCAAGUUCCACUAAGUCACUAUUUGGCACCCAAGAACCCGAUUGUGCUAUGUCACGGCUUCUCCGGAUUUGACAAAUUGACCUUAAUUCCUGGUAUAAGAAACUUGCCCACUGGUGCAAAGAAAGAGUUGGAAAAUGUUGCCACUAAGGGAAUACUCGAGUUCGACUAUUGGCGGGGCAUUCAAUAUGCGCUUGAGAACAUCGGAGCCGAGGUCUUGAUUGCACGCGUACCGGCAUUCAGUGAUAUUAGAAGUCGAGCAGCGAAUCUCGACCAUUUUCUAAAUAGGCAAUGUAAAAUAAUUCAAAGGAAACAGUCGACAAAUAGCCCUGUCACAUUGAAUUUGAUAAGCCAUUCAAUGGGUGGCUUGGACAGCCGCUAUUUGAUUUCAAAAUUGCAGAACGACAAAAGUCAUUACAAAGUAUCAUCAUUGACUACGAUCUCCACACCACAUCACGGGUCCGAAUGCGCUGAUUUCAUAGUGGAUCUUGUGGGAAAUAGACCGGUGCUUUCUCAACUAGUCCCCAGAUCGAUUUUCGACAUGACUACGACCAAUAUGGCAACAUUCAACAAAAUAGUGGUGGAUGACCCCGAAGUAGCGUACUUUUCCUAUGGUGCUCGAUUCAAUCCUCGUUGGUAUAACUUCUUUGGCUUGACUUGGCUAAUUACCAAAUUCAAAAUUCAGUCCAAGCAUAGCAAUGAAUCAAAAUAUCAAAAAUUGGUUGAUAAUGACGGGUUGGUCAGUGUUGAUAGUUCCAAAUGGGGAGAGUAUAUGGGCACCUUCGAUGAGGUAGAUCAUUUGGACUUGAUUAAUUGGACUAAUAAUGCCCGUGAUACUUUUACAAAAAUCAUGUUCAAUCAAGAUCCACCAUUUAAUCCAAUUUUGCUAUAUUUAGAAAUUGCAAAUAAUCUAGCUGAAAAGGGGUAUUAAUUAGAUCUAUAUAUAUAAGACUAUUAUUGGUAUCGAUAUAGAAACAAAUAGAAGUAAACUUUAUUGGAAAGAACCCACUGAGAUCAUUUGCUUAUAUUAAUCCCGCUAAGGCUUCUCUACACUCUUCACAGAAUCCCAUGACCGUUUCAAUUCCUUUAACCACAUUCUCAUCAAUUUUUAGCAGAUCCAAGAUAUUCUCCUUCAAGUAAUCACACCGCUGUACCUCGCUCAUCAACCAGUUGUUCCAUUCCGCUUGGGCGAUUUCCCUUUCCAUAUCAUUUAAAAUGUUCAAUUUGACCAAUAACUCGUGUCUCUUAACACCAAUCUCUUGAAAUGAUAAUCGUAAUUGUUUGGCGACAUCUCUGGUAUUGUCAUCAAAGUAAUCAUCAGUCCAAUGGGGCUCAUAAUUAAAGCUGUGCACAAAUGAGAUAUUCUUGAAUAGCCCAAAUACCUUAGGAUUUCCAAAACUGAUGUUUCUAUUAUUAACGUGCUCUUGGAUAUCUUUAAGGUAUACAGAACGCUGCAAUACGAUUGGAUCUUUCGUAACAUAUUCACGCGCAAGCUGAUUUGCCCUUUUAGCAGUCCAAUAACUAGUGGUAGUUUUUCCAAACAAGUACAAAUUAAGCAAGGUUGAACCAAAUAUAAUAAAAAGCAAAAAUUGAUUCAUUCUAACCGAUUUCAAAAAUAUUAUCAAUAAUCUCAAUAUUUGCAUAAUGGUAUUAUAAGUAGUUGUCACAGCUUUAUUAGUCAUUCUAAUGAGCAUAAAUCGGGCAACAAAACCGAAUCCAAACUUCACCAAUCCAUCAGGCAAUUCUUCCUCGGGUUCAUCGGUAUGACUCAACUUUCCAUACAAGUAAAUAGAUUUAACAAUCAUACCAUGUUUUCCAACUUCCUUUUCAGCUUGUUUAAGACGUUUCUGAAUCCUUUUAAUUUGGCUCAUAUCUACUCGCACACAGAAUCUCUUGAGCAUCCAAUUGUAGAAUGUAGAACGAUCAAACACUGCUUUACAAUAGAACAUAACUCGUGAACGUUUCCCGGCAAUGCCAACAAUAACUAUUUUAUAGAUGGCGGAGAAUCUAGGUCCAUAGAAGAAUGUAAACUUUGACCGGGCAUAGGUGAAUGUAUAAUAUGAAUUAUCUUCCAUAUUGUCAAUCUCUUGUCGAAUGUGAACUUCUCCGAGAUUUGUCCCAUAUUUUGCUGGAAC